AUGUCGAAAAUGUCAAAGAAGAAGCGGCGGGAUUGCAGACUGCGUCCUUACUCGACCGCAGAAGCGGAUCCGUCUGCAGCCGGCAGCUCUCCAUCUGCCUUGACAAAUGAGCCGGGUUUGAACGAGAUACCUCGCUCAACAGGGCAAUCUCAAGGCGCUGCAGGUGUUCGUUGUCAGCCUCCCAUGCAUCUAUCUUAUAGCGACUUUACCGAUGAGCAUAUUCGGAAUCUUUCGGCGAACAUUGUACUGAAGGUGCUGAAUAUCUUCAUCAACAAAUUUCCAGAGCUUGGUAUUCUUCAUCUUCCCAGCUUCAUGCAAGAGCUGCAAACAACGUGUCAUAAUGAUACCAAGACGCUGCUGGCAGCCAUUCUUUCAGUCACGCAUUGUUACUUCGCGCAAUCGAACUUGGCCGGGCUAGAAACUUUAUUGUCCAGGGAGCAAUAUGCGUCCUACGCCCGAGCCAUGUUGGCUCACAGUUCUUUUCAGGCACCGAGGCUUCAAGUUGCCCAGGCUUUGCUCGUAAUGGGUCUGUUUGAAUGGGGGUCACGGGAGUUUCAUCGCGCUUGGAUCUACUGCGGGAUCGCAAUUCGGAUCAUGCAGGCAAUCAAUAGCCUCCAAAUAGCACCAUAUCCUGCUGAUCCACAGUCAUCCGGCAGUCAGGAUCCCAGCCAGGAAGCUAUUGCUUCUGCGGUCCAGAAUCGAACAAUGUGGGCAUGCUUCAUUAUGGAACGCCUUAUCAGCUCAGGAACCUAUAACCCGCCUAUGCUCCCCUUGUCUGAGAUGGAGAAGAUCAAGGUCCUGCGUCCAUUCUCAGCAGUCGAAUUUGCUUUCGGAACCGACGCGACAUCCCAAAGGAGCAGUAUGGAACAGAGUCUUGCAACUCUCCAGAAUCGUAACUCUCAUCUGCUGGAUAUCACCCAAGCGUUCGAAGUUCUGGUGGCAGGAUUUGACAUCUGGACACACGUAAUGACCUUUGUUCUGAAUGAUGGACGACGAGCACCGGAGAUGUGCGCACCCAGGAAUUGUCCCUGGGUGCCUGGAUCGCCGUGGUCAAAUACUCGCAACCGCCUCGAAGAGUGGCGUGCAAACCAGCAUCACCGUCUGCACUACCCGGAGAACUCCGUUGUUGCUCAUAUCACACUUGGAUAUGGGGAGUCCUUCACUUACGUGAACUUGAUUUAUUACCUCUGCACCCUCAUGCUUCACCGCGAAUAUUUCCCGUUUCUACCGACUUCCGAAACACUUCCCAGAGGUCCAGUAGAUCACCCUCAACUUCAGGCGGAGGCACCCCCUGGUUGGUGGGACAAAAGUGCGCUUGAAAUGUUUGGAGCCACUGAACAUAUUGCGAGGAUCCUGCACGAGGCUGCAGAGUGUGGGUCGGAGCUUUUAACGCCAUUUGUGGGAUUCUGCGCCUUCUCGGCUGCCUACAUGAAUCUUUAUGUCUCCAAAUUCCCCCAGAUGAAUCUGGGCCGAAGCCCUCAUGCUGGGCAACACUUGCAAUAUUGCCUCGCUUACCUUGAGGUAUUCCGGCGUGAGUGGAAGCUGGGCGAGAGUUGGAUGACCACGAUCAAGCAUGCCUCCCUUCUAUACGAGAGAGCAAGUUCCGACAGAGCACGAUAUCAGGGAAAGUCAAGAAAGGACUUUGACAUCCUGCACCAAUCUAUUCAUGAGUUCCGAGUCGUGGACCGUUCACAUCAAUACAUUCAAGAGAUAGAAGGCGCUGAACGUGCGACAGAUCCGUCAACCUCUGGCACUACUCCCGCGACAAAUGCUGCAUCGGAUUCAUUGGAUCUGGACGCCCCUCUCAACGACUUGUUGACCGAAGUGAGCACGUAUGCUCAUGAACAGGGCAUGUGGUCACAUUGGUGGCCAUCUUUGGAAGAAAUGAAUGUUCUCCUGUUUCCAGACAAUAUGCCUUGA